AUGGACAGUUCAUCGGGCCACCCUUUCUUUUCCAAUCUGACCACAGUGUCGUCUCAGCAGUUGUCGGGUCUCUCAAGGGUCUGGUCAUAUUAUCUGCUGCCUGCCCUUGUUGCAUACCCUCUUCUCUGUCGGGCCUUACGGUACCGGCGCAUCAAGGCGUUGCAGGCCAAAUACAAAUACGGCACCCCAGCACACCCGUCCCUGGAAGGUAUGACUGUUGACGAGGCUCAUGACAUCGUCCGGAUCAUGCACGAUUUCGAGUUCCCGGCCUUGUUCGAAAAAGGAUUGCAAUUUGCCCUCUUCCGCACCUACGGCAUCCCGACCAUCAGCGACUUGCUGGUCAAGACGACCCAACUAUCUGCCUCCAAGAAUGUCCCUCGACGGUAUGCCGAUACCACGGUGUUACUCUCCGACAUGUACGGAGGCGAACCCACGAGUGACAGAUGCAUUGACGCAUAUGCUCGAUUGAAUUAUUUGCACAGCCACUAUAUCAGACAAGGCAAGAUUUCCAAUGAGGAUAUGUUGUACACACUGUCGUUGUUUCUCAACCAGCCGGUCGAAUGGAUCAACCGGUAUGAAUGGAGACGACUCACAGAUAUGGAGAUCUGUGCCAUGGGGGUCUUCCACAAAGCUAUGGGCGAUGGGAUGGACAUUUCCUUUGAAGUGCUGCCGUCAUAUUCCACAGGCUGGAAGGACGGCCUCCAUUUCUACCGCGAGCUAGAUGCCUGGGCCAAAGAAUAUGAGAGGGUGCAUAUGGUUCCGGACAGGAAGAACUACGACACGGCCGUCGAGACACGAAAACUUCUUCUCAGCACUCACCCGGCUUUCCUGAGGGGUGUGCUGACAAGGGUGGUCAGCGCUCCCCUGGAUGAUCGGCUGCGGGAGGCCAUCAUCUUCGAAAAGGCUCCUCCGUUGUACACGUCGCUCCUCGACGGAUUCCUGGAGGCGCGCCGGCUGUACUUGAGAUAUCUCGCACUUCCACGCCCCUGGUUCACCCGACCCCAGUUAUUGACCAAGGAACCCGACAGCAAGGGUCGAAGGUAUAUUCUCUGGUGGGACACGAUGCCAAUCUAUGUCAAACCAACCUGGUGGAAUCGGUGGGGGCCUGGUGCGCUUGUCAGUGUCUUGCUUGGUGUGCCUCGUCCCGGCGACAAAGGUAUGCACCCUGAAGGAUUUGAGGUCAAGGACGUCGGCCCGACGGUGUUUGUUGGGAAAGGUGUUAAGGAGAUGGAAGCGGGCAAGGAGAAACUGAGACAGGCCAGAACGGGGGGCUGCCCUUUUGCUAUCCGACGGAACACGUAA